UACUACACUGUGUACCUAUAUUUUACUUUUGUGUGUUGUUUAAAUUUUCGUCUCCAACAAAAUUGAAUUGAAUUGAUUUCGUAUUAAACUGAAACUUCUUAUAAGUGAAAACCUAUAUGUAAUAAGUGAGCCGUUAUUUAAUUUGGUUAAAGGCUCACCUUUAACCAAAUUCAUAUUCUUCAGAAAUAAUAAAAGUGGACUUUUACUGAACGAUUUAUUAGUACUUAUUUCUAUUUACGAACAUAACUAACAUUGAUACAUCGAUACAUAUAUGUAUAUGAUGUUCGGAUAAAGUUUCUACAUAAUAUCAAUAUCCUGUGCUUUAUAAUAAUGGGUGAUCUCAUUGAAUUCACAACUUGGCCUCAGCAUCAGCAUAUAUUUUACAAAAUUACUAGCAGUGCUGUAGGAUUCUCUGUUAAAGGUGAGAGGCACGCAGCUGUAGGGCUGGCAAAGAGACCAGGCGAAAAAUGUGAUUACUGGAUUGUGUUUGGCCAUGAUCAAUGUUGGAUUGAGAAAGAUGGAGCUCGCACUACUAAUGUUAAAAAUGUGUCUAACAUUUUGUCCCGAGAUGUAUAUACAAAAUUCUGGAUUUCAUGGCAUGGUACUCGAUUACAAUUUGGUCGCACCAGCACUGGAGUUCCACUGAUAUCAAGGAAAAUACCUGUUCGAGAUAUACAAUUUGUCACAUUUUCUGUCUAUGCUGACAGGGGCACUCUACAAUGGAAGCUAUACUUACCACCAAAAUUACAAAAACCACUUCUAAAGAAGGUGAGAGGAGGUGACCUGAAGUGGGUGGUCGCAGAGGAUCAACUUCCUGACGGAGCUUUGAUUGGUGGAUAUGAGAAAGAGACAUUGUAUAUAAUAAAGGCUCCGCAUCGAGGGUCAUUAACUCCUGGCAAAUUUGUACCAUCCCAAGGCUUGGGCUUUAUCCCAUGGGGUGGAGAAAUGCAUGAAAAAAAUAAAUUUGAGGUGCUAUGUGGCUUCAACUGCAUUUGGGUGUCAACUUGUAGCAAUCGGAUUCCAGUGGGGGCGGUGGAGGGAGGUUACGCGGAAGAUAGCCAUGAAACACUGUACAUUGGUCGCGCCGUUGAAGAUGGCAAUCUCAUACCAGGAAAAGUUCAACCCUCACACGCAGUUUGCUACAUCCCUUACAAUGAAAGAGAAAUUUCUAAAAAGGAAUAUGAGAUUUUGGUCAAUCCCCAAAUUUCCAUGCACAGCCCAAAUCGAUAUUUCGUAUCUCAUAUGGACGAAAUAUCUGAAAACAGGUAUGAAGAGGAUGAAGAAAAUGUUUAUGUGGACAGUGACGAUUAUGCACCCAGCUCAGAAUCAGAAUAAGCAGAAAAUCCGAAAAUCCUUUCUUAUAAUGCUGCAGCAAUCUGCGCUGCCGGCGGCGGCGAUUAGUGGCCGCCACAAGUUGCGGACGAAUUUUACUGCAAGCAUUACGUCUACGCGAACGUUCACGCCACGCAAGUGGUAUGCCAUGUCUCAUACAGUUCCAUACAUUACAACGCAAUGAUACGCGCUCUACGCGUCUACGCUUACGCAGCCUGUGUGAACAAGCUGUUAUUCACUGGGAGUAAGGUGCGUGUGCAGUGUAUUUUGAUAAAGCAUUUGAAAAGGAUGGUACCUAGUUGAAUCUAAAUAAUAUAAGGAAACUUUCAGCCAAAAAUAAAGAAAGUGGUCACAAUUUUUUAUCUGCAAAAAGAACAUUAACUGUCUGUAUUUGCCUAUGGACUUCAACUCCAUAUUGAAUAGAUAUUUAUUAUUAUUUUAAUGUGGUGUACUAUGAAUGUAAUGGCUCCUUAAACUAAGUAGGUACAGAGCACACUAGUAAAGAGGGAGGUGAGUCAACAUUGGUGAUGUUUGCUGGCAAGCCGGCUUUAUGGUUGUAGCACCUACAUAACUAAACAAUUGAUCUGCUACUAAGGUUUGUAAUACUGACCCUGCCUCUGUUAUUAAAAGUAAGGCAUUAGAAAGUGCCAUUUAAUACCUACAUAUUGUACUUUUACUAUAUUUUAUAUUCAUUGAAUUCAGUUUAUUCCUGUUUGGUGUUUAUCACUAAGUACAUAGUGUAAAACAAAGUCGCUUCCAGCUAUCUGUCCCUAUGUAUGCUUAGAUCUUUAAAACUACACAAUGAAUUUUGAUACGGUUUUUAUUAGAAGAUAGAGUGAUCAAGAGGAAGGUUUAUAUGUGUAAUACAUGCAUAAUAUUUUAGAGAAACACUGAUAAUUUUAGAGGUUUCUAAUGUGAUGUUGUAAAUAAACACUUUUUUUGCGCUUACAUUGCAAACGCUGCCUGAACCCUACGAAAUAGAUCAAAAUAAUGUACCUACUCCAGUAUUGUAUACCUUAAAAAGGCCUACAAAAAAGUCUGAGAUGGUAUUAUGUCUAACUCUUAGGGAUAACCCACAUUAACUGUUUUAAUCCUUUACUUUUUAAGAGAAAUGAUGGCUGGUGGUGGAUGGAUGGUGGAUGGGAAAUGAUGGAGAAAUGAUACCAAUUACCAAGCGAUUUUAUGCAAUACAGCAUUAAUCCUUUUUUUUUUUCUCUCUCUCGUCUGGCUUUAUACUGAUUAG